ACUCUUCGUGUGACCCUCUUCUCUGCCCAACUCCCGGGAAAAGACCUAGACUUCCGCUAUGACGGGCUCCGAUCUUGUCGACCAUUCCCCCCGCCAUCCCACCAAAGCUGCGCAGCGGGCCAGCGCCUCCAAUGUCAUUCUCAUUGACAAUUACGACUCCUUCACCUGGAAUGUCUAUCAGUACCUGGUCCUGGAGGGUGCGACGGUGAAGGUCUUCCGCAAUGACGAAAUCUCUCUGGAAGAACUGAUUGCCAAAAAGCCGACUCAUUUGGUCAUCAGCCCGGGUCCAGGUCACCCAGAGUCUGACGCCGGAAUAAGCAACGCUGCCAUUCAACAUUUCAGCGGAAAAGUCCCGGUGUUUGGAGUGUGCAUGGGCCAACAAUGCAUCAUCUUUUCUCAUGGAGGAAAGGUUGACGUGACUGGUGAGAUCCUGCAUGGCAAAACCUCGCAAUUGAAGCAUGACGGCAGGGGGGCAUACGAAGGACUGCCCUCUUCUCUUGAUGUGACUAGGUAUCAUUCCCUGGCUGGAACGCACUCGACCGUCCCAGACUGUCUGGAAGUGUCAUCUUAUGCCGAGCUGCACGAUAACAGUGGCAAAACUGUCAUCAUGGGGGUUAGACACAAGCAGCUUGCCGUAGAAGGUGUUCAGUUUCAUCCCGAGAGUAUCCUUACGGAGCACGGUCGGACUAUGUUCAGGAACUUCCUUUCUCUGACCGCAGGCACUUGGGAAGCAAACGGGAAGCCGUCUGGUGGAAACACCACGGCCGCUCUGAGCGGUACUCCUAAGGCAGACAAGAAGGCGUCUAUUCUCGAAAAGAUCUAUGACCGCCGCAAAGCCGCUGUUACCAUCCAGAAGAACAUUCCUUCUCAACGCCCGGCGGAUCUGCAGGCUGCGUACGAUCUCAACAUUGCGCCCCCGCAAAUUUCUUUUCCCGUCCGACUAAGACAAUCAUCCUAUCCGCUAUCUCUUAUGGCUGAAAUCAAGCGCGCUUCCCCUUCCAAAGGUAUGAUAGCGGAAACGGCAUGUGCGCCUGCACAAGCUCGGCAAUACGCGAAGGCAGGGGCCAGUGUUAUCUCCGUCCUCACAGAGCCGGAUUGGUUCAAAGGUAGCAUUGAUGAUUUGCGUGCCGUCCGCCAGAGUCUAGAAGGGCUCACGAACCGGCCUGCAGUGUUGCGGAAAGAAUUCGUUUUUGACGAAUAUCAGAUUUUGGAAGCACGCCUCGCUGGUGCUGACACUGUUCUGCUCAUCGUGAAAAUGCUCGAUGUUGAACUUCUUACCCGACUAUACCACUACUCCAAGAGCCUUGGAAUGGAACCCCUAGUUGAAGUUAACACUCCUGAGGAGAUGAAGAUUGCGGUCGAUCUUGGCUCUCAGGUCAUUGGUGUCAACAACAGAGAUCUCACUAGCUUCGAGGUUGAUCUGGGUACCACGAGCCGACUCAUGGAUCAGGUGCCUGAAAGCACUAUUGUGUGCGCUCUGAGUGGUAUUUCCGGGCCCAAGGAUGUAGAGGCUUACAAGAAGGAAGGUGUCAAGGCCAUUCUCGUUGGCGAGGCCCUCAUGCGGGCACCAGACACCUCUGCCUUCGUUUCGGAGUUGCUUGGAGGAAGCACGGAGAAAACCUCUAAGACGACACCUAAGUCACCGCUUGUGAAGAUCUGCGGUACGCGAACCGAAGAGGGUGCACGAGCUGCAAUCGAGGCCGGGGCAGAUUUGAUUGGUAUCAUCCAAGUACAAGGGCGAAAGCGGCUUGUUCCGGAUGACGUUGCCUUGGGUAUUUCUCGAGUGGUUAAGUCAACCCAGCGCCCUGCCUCUCAGUCAACGGUCGCCUCCCAAGAAGUAUCAAGUGCGACAUCCAUUGAUUACUUUGAUCAUUCCGCCAAUGCCUUGCGUCAUCCUCACCGAGCCCUACUUGUGGGUGUAUUCCAAAAUCAGCCGUUGUCGUAUGUCCUGGCUCAACAACAAAAGUUGGAACUCGAUGUUGUCCAACUUCAUGGUUCUGAGCCACUUGAGUGGGCUAGUUUAAUACCUGUGCCUGUCAUCCGCAAAUUUGCUCUCGAUGAGGCUGGGAUUGCACGGAGAGCUUACCACAGCUUGCCUCUGUUGGACUCUGGAGCGGGUGGGUCUGGCGAAUUGCUCGACCAGUCUCGCGUUCAGCAGACCCUAGAAGGUGACAAGGGUCUGCGUGUCAUUCUUGCCGGGGGCUUGGAUCCUACGAAUGUGGCUAGCACGAUCAAGAAGCUGGGUGAGUCGGGUCGCAAGGUCGUUGGAGUCGACGUCAGUUCUGGCGUCGAAUCCGAUGGCGCUCAGGAUCCCAGCAAGAUCCGUGCUUUUGUGCAAGCAGUGAAAGCCCUUCAACUAUAGUUUUCACCCGUUAGAAUGUGGGAUGUCAUAUCAUCCGAAAGUGACGCUUCUCUAUGCCUCUACGAUGGUAUUUCAUGAGCUUAUCUUUGUUUUUGCAAAAAUGCUUUUUUGAUAUGUAGAAAGAUCACCUACUUUCGGGCUGCGUUGAACGACUUGAGGCGAAUCUCAUUCAAUCUCAUGUAUUUCGGGUUUCAAAAAACAUCAGAUAAAUAAUCACAUUCAUAUCAUCUUUCG